GCGACGCAAGGCAGAGUAACCAGUUGAACCGCCACCAGAAAUUUCGCCUUGAUAUGAUUAUCGACCACCGCAGCAGGAUUCGGUGUUAAAACCCACACAGCAAGGUUUCAGCAUGCGAUCAACUCCGAAUAUAGUUAUUACAGGGACGCCUGGUGUAGGGAAAACUGUUCACUGUGCACAGUUAGCCGAGGAGACUGGUUUGCGACAUCUCUCGAUCAAUCAGAUUGCGAAAGACCGGGACUGUUACGACACCUACGACCAGGAAUUGCAAACAUGGGUUGUUGAUGAAGACAAACUACUCGAUGCUGUCGAAGAGGAGCUGCAGAGGGGUGGCUACUUGAUUGAUUGGCAUGCCUGUGAUCUUUUUCCCAAGUCUUGGGUUGAUCUUGUGGUGGUUCUACGUUGCCCAUCCACGUCCAUUCUAUAUGACCGUCUAACAUCGAGGGGCUACAAGCAAGCGAAGCUGCAAGAAAAUUUGGAUGCGGAAAUAUUCGGUGUUCUUCUCGAGGAAGCCCGCGAAUCAUUCGACGAAGAAGUUGUGGUCGAGUUAAAUAGUGAAAAGGAUGACGAUGUAGAAUCUAAUUGCGCACGAAUUUCCGGCUGGAUAGAGUCCUGGAAGAGCAAUCAGGCAAUAAAUACAGACUAACUACUACUGACAUGUUAAAUUCAAAUUCAAUCGCCUCAAACAGGCUC